AUGGGAUGCACAAUUACUUCUCAAAAAGUCAACCUACAAAAAACUAUCAUGUUGGAAUCAACUUUUAAAAAUGAAUAAAGGGAAAAGGAAUAACGCAUGAAGGCACACUUGGUCCUAGAUCAAUAUAAAUAAACAAAAACUAUUAGAAAAUAAAUUAAGCUCAAAUCUAAUGUGAAGGAUGCCUUGCAAGAAUAAUUGUAUCGGAAUAAAGCUGCUUAACCCUAAAAAUCCUCUAUUGUUCAUUGA